CGAGCGCAGCAUUUUCUUUUGACCUGUCAACCUUAUUGGCGAAACGGGUUCGCUCGCACGCAUCCAGCAAUUUGUCCCGUUUUCGGCCGCAGUUUUCCCGGAAUCCGCACCAGCCGUGUGCUCACGAAUCCGGAUUUCCCUUUCAAGUGUACCGGAAACGGAAGCCAGCUUCGCAACAUCGCGUUUUCCAGAUUUAGAUCGAAUCUUUUGCCGGAACUUAACGGAUUCCAAUGACGGCCUGUACCGAGGUGCUGAAACGGGAAUUCCCUUCCAUCGAUGGGGAGCUGCUGACCUAUGUCGAAGAUGUUCUUCAGAGUGGCAAGGAUGAGUUCGAAAACGGGGAAGAGGUGUACGAAGCUAUCGGAGCCAUUCUGCACGAGGUUUCCCAGGACAAGAGCGAGGAGGAGGUCAAGCAGUGCUGUGACGUCUUCCUGGAUCUGUUGAAACCGAAAAAAGCGGACAGUGGUGGCGGUGGAGGGUCCACCAAGAUAUUGAACGCUCCCAUUAACCUUAAGGAAGUGGCUGCACAGCAGGACGUCGUUCAGGAUGACAUCCAAAGUAUAUGGGUGGUGCAGCGGGACGACAGCUUGAAGGUGGAUUCCAAAAAGCUGGAGAAGGCUGAAGCAAAGCGGCAGCAAAAGCUGGAAAAGCGCGAUCAAACGGCCAAAACGGCCUCGGUUGCUCCACCGGUUCUUCAGAUGGCGACGGCUUCCCAGGUCAUCAGCAAGAAGGACAACAAACUCGAAGCUAAAGGCACCAACCGAUCGAUGGACAUUCGGAUCGACAAUUUCGAUGUAUCGUUCGGGGACAAAGUUUUGUUACAAAAUGCUGAUCUACAGCUAGCUUUCGGGCGUCGUUAUGGAUUUGUCGGGAGAAAUGGAUUUGGUAAAACUACGCUACUUAAGAUGAUAUCUAGCAAGCAGCUUCAAAUUCCAAGCCACAUUUCCAUUCUUCACGUGGAGCAAGAAGUUGUCGGUGAUGACACACUCGCCAUCGAUAGUGUCCUGGAGGUGGACACGGUGCGCACGGAAUUGUUGCAAAAAGAGAAAGACUUGAAUGCGGCAAUCAAUGCAGGUUCCACUGAUCCCGAACACAGCCACGAGUUGUCAGAAGUCUACAUUCAGCUGCAACAUAUAGAAGCCGAUAAAGCCCCUGCACGUGCCUCCAUCAUCCUGAACGGUCUGGGUUUCACCAAGGAAAUGCAGGCCCGAGCUACCAGAACCUUUUCCGGAGGUUGGCGAAUGAGAUUGGCCUUGGCCAGGGCACUUUUCUCCAAACCAGACCUGCUAUUACUUGAUGAACCUACGAACAUGUUGGACAUCAAGGCGAUCAUCUGGCUUGAAAAUUACCUUCAAAACUGGCCCACAACCCUAUUAGUGGUUUCCCACGACCGUAACUUCCUGGACACGGUACCGACCGAUAUUCUGCAUCUGCACAGCCAACGCAUCGACAACUACAAGGGCAACUACGAACAGUUCGACAAAACGCGUACCGAGAAGCACAAGGCACAACGGCGAGAGUACGAAGCCCAGCUGGCCUACCGGAACCACGUGCAGGAGUUUAUCGAUCGGUUCCGCUACAACGCGAAUCGGGCGGCUAGCGUGCAGUCCAAGAUAAAAAUGUUGGAGAAAUUACCCGAACUAAAGCCGGUUGAGAAGGAAAUCGAGGUGACCAUCAAAUUCCCGGAAGUGGAGCCCUUGAAUCCACCGGUGCUGCAGUUGAACGAGGUUCAGUUCAAGUACCCUGAUGGCAAGGUUAUCUUUACCUCGGUGAACCUGAGCGCCAAUCUGGACUCUCGGAUUUGUAUUGUCGGUGAAAACGGUGCCGGUAAGACAACGCUCCUGAAAAUCGUGAUGGGCAUCCUGCAACCCUCGGGGGGCAUCGUACAUCCGCACCGGGGCCUUCGACUCGGGUACUUCUCGCAGCACCACGUCGAUCAGCUGGACAUGAACGUCAACUGUGUGGAACUGUUGCAGAAUGCUUUCCCCGGAAAACCCAUCGAAGAGUAUCGACGCCAGCUGGGUAGUUUUGGCGUUUCCGGUGAUUUGGCACUACAGGUGGUGGCUUCUCUGUCCGGAGGACAGAAAUCCCGGGUGGCACUAGCGAAACUUUGCAUGGCUCGGCCCAACUUCCUCGUGCUUGACGAACCUACUAAUCACCUGGACAUUGAGACAAUCGAGGCGUUGGGAAAGGCAAUCAACAAGUACACGGGCGGUGUGAUUUUGGUAUCCCACGACGAGCGACUGAUCCGGAUGAUCUGCAAGGAGCUGUGGGUGUGCGGAGGCGGAACCGUUCGCAGCGUGGAGGGUGGUUUCGACGAGUACCGAAAGGUGGUUGAGAAGGAAUUGGAAGCGGCGGCAGCGUAAACCACCGGCCACGGACAAAGGUUUGUAUCGGUUGUUGUUUUCUCGGUGUAAUUUCUCGGUACUUGGUUUGACCAAAUCCCCAAUCAGAUAUGUCGCUACCCCUAAUGAGCCGACACAUUUUUACUCAGCUGCUGCAAGAGCUUGUUGCGGGACAAUUGUGAGCGUGUGACAAACAUAAACGUAUUCUGUAUAACGGUAGGCAAAUAUUGUACAUCAAGAAGUAUAUAGAACAUGUUUAGAAUAUCAGUCAUUAUACACAUUUAUUGAACA